GUUGCAGCGGCGUACUUUGACAUCCACCUCCUGCGGAGCCGACGGUUCGCACAAGCGGAAAACGGACUCGACGUGCAGCGAAACACGCUCCAGGGAAAUGUGCCGCUGCCAUCGGCUGUUUCGGAGUAGGCGAAUCGAGUGGCCUUGGGCUGUGGCAAGCAGUUGCGUGCAACAACCGACUUCGCGGGUUAUCAGCGCAGUCUGUGCCAUCCGCCGUUGGUCGUCCUGGCGGUCUACUGUGGCAUCCACCUCCACUGCCAGGACGCGCAGCCAAUCACGAAUCGGCUUUCAGCAAGGCAACUCGCUUUCACCGACAAGAAUAAUGCGACCUAUUGUUUCGUCUUCGUCAAGUACCAUCGCCGUCGGCCUGGACCGCAGCGUAGACCCGUGCGACGACCUGUACGAGCAGCUGCCUACUGUGGCAUCCACCUUGGUGGUCCCUGCGCGCAGCCUUGGAACCGGACCGACAUUGCGCAAAGCAAGAUCGCAGUAGUGGACAACCUCCUGCUGGCCGCCUUUGCGGCUUACUGUGGCAUUCACCUCAGUGGUCUCUGCGCGCAACCUUGGAACCGGGCCGUCGUUGAGCAAAGGACCUUACACUUGUGGACUUGGUUUUCAC